AUGGAUAGCAACCCAGGAAAUGCCCAAGAACCUGCAGGAACAGGACGUGACAACAGCCACAUCCCCUCGGAAGGCCAGGCGCAGAUACGACCACGACCACACCAUGGCCCGACCGAGCCAAGCGAUGAAGGAGAACGAAAUCUGCCGACGAAAGAACACGAUCUGGCCCUCGAGUUAGAAGCACAGAAGCAACUCUACAAACACGCUGAAAAGGCCAUGGAUGAACGGCAGGAAUUGCUCAAUGCCGAGAGAAAGAUCAACAAAGAAUUAACCAAGAACCUCGACGAGCUCAGAGAAAAGCUGCAGAGGGCCUAUGACCACAUGUUCCUGCCCCAACCUCAACGGACCGACAUCACCGAAGCCGAGGCCAGCGAGCAGUUCCGAGCUAUUUUCAAGAACGCAGACAAAUGGGUGCAGAAUUGGCUGGAUCCCGUCCUCGAAAAGCGUAAUCAAGGUGAGCUCGUUGGUAAGGCCCGGCCUGGCUUGCCACCACAGCUUCCAGGCCUUGUACGACCCCCCGCGCCUCGAUAUGUCGGAGGUGGCAGGGCGGACGAGUGCUAUGUCCUUAUAGGCAUCAUGCAGAAAUUAAAGCGCAAGUUAUUUAACAAGUCGUUCCGUUGGCCUUUGGGCGGCGAUGGAACGGAAGCCGAGGCUGUGAAGUACAUUGACAUGAUCGCAGAUGCCAUGGCUAAACUCCCAAGAGAUACGUUACAUUGCAGAAACUGGAGGAGCGAGGCCUUGGCUGCCAUCACAAACCCGGAGAUCUUCGCCAAAGACGAAGAGCGGUUGAUCGAUUCAUUGACGGAAGAAAUGAUGAGAUAUCUCUCUCCCCUUUUCAUAAAUGGCUUCAUGGACGCAACAACAAAGUGCCAUAGGGCCAUGCGCAGCGACGUCGUCGGGCCAGCGGUCAAGCUAGCCCAUCGGAUGCAACUGGCUGCGAAGGAGUUUUGCCUCAAGUGGCCGUCCGUCACAGCCGACGGUGUACCGGACCUCACGGCUUACGAAUGCCAGAACAUCUUGGGCAACACGAUUCAGAUCGAUCCUGGAGACAGAGCGCCUAGGAUCGUAGUUGGAUUCUGCCCUGGACUCUACGUGGUCGAGGAGACGAGUGAGGGCGAGCGUCUCCUGAGGGCUGUGCGUCGACCAAUUGUGUUGUUGCAUAAUGAGGGCGGCUUUAAUCCCUCGCCUAUGGUGCUGGCUUGGCUAUCGUCUAGUGGCGGGCUAUAG